AUGCUUCUUGACCUUUUUUUUUUUUUUUUUGCAUGUCAUUUUGGGGUGGCUGGUGGAACAGUUUGUGUCUAUUCAAUUCACUUUCUCGACUAUCACAAUAUUGUUGACAUGCGACGUGCUGCUGUUGAGCGAACAGAGAAGAACCACAUUGGUUUUGGAAAAAUUAUUCUCUUUGGGGAGCACUUUGUUGUCUAUGGCGCGGAGGCUCUUGUGGCGGGCAUUGACGAGUACACCUCAUGCCGACUGGAGCUGACGAAGGGGCAGCCGGGGAUUUGUGUUGUGGACGGUCGUCCUGCUGUGCCAGGCUAUAUUGUGGAGAAGGCUGAGGAGCAGCGUCUUGCCCAUCGUCUGGUGUUCCGUCACUUGAAUAUUGAUACCAGUGUUGACGGUGUGCGCAUUCAUUUGGGUGGGCCACUUGUUCCAACGAGUGGCAUUGGGGCUUCUGCCAGCGACGUUGUUUCCCUCUCACGUGCGUUAAGUGAGAUGUACGGUUUGGAUUUGACCGAAGAUGAAGUGAACCUCAGCGCUUUCGUUGGAGAGGGUGGCUACCACGGAACACCGAGUGGGGCAGAUAAUACGGCCGCGACAUUUGGUGGACUCAUUUCAUAUCGACGUGUCAAUGGUGUGUCGAACUUUUGUCGUGUGCUCAUUACAAGACCGCUGUUUCUGGUGGUGUGCAGCACGGGUAUUACGACAAGUACCACCAAAGUCGUUGGGGAAAUCCGAGAGCUGAAGGAAAAUAACCCCACAUGGUUUAAUGCCCUAUUGGAGCGCUACAAUGCGUGUGUGGGGGAGGCCAAGGCGGCCAUGGAGGUUGGGAACGUGUUUCGUGUGGGGGAGUUGAUGAACGAGAACCAUAAACUUUGUCAGGAGCUCACCGUGUCCUGUGCAGAGCUUGAUACUAUCGUGAAUUUUUGCUGCGAAAAUGGCGCACUCGGUGCAAAGAUGUCUGGGACCGGACGGGGCGGGCUUGUCGUUGCGUUGGCGGCCGAUGAGGCGCAGCGCGAUGGCAUUGCGGAUGCCGUAAGGCAGCGUUGCCCUGCUGCGAAGUUUGUCUGGAAAUACACUGCGUGCCCUAGAAGUGCC